CUUUCGCAUCGACCAAUGGGCUUGGAGCAUGGAGGCCACGCCCCCCCUCUGCCCUAGUUGGCCCUGGUUAAACCUCCUCUGGUCAGUCUCACAGCUGCGCGGUGGCAGACAGGACUUGUUCCACAGUGGUAACUGGGAUGGAGCUGAUGUGGCCCCAACCCCACCUCCCUUCCCGCCCUGCCAUGUCGGAAGAAACCCGACGAGUAAAUUGGCAGCAGCAAAGAAAAAGUUGAGAGACUAUCAGUGGAGGAACAGCCCUGGUGUUCCUACAGGAGUGAAAAAGAAAAUUAAAAAUUGCAGUAACCCCGAGACAACCACUUCUGGUGGUUGCCACUCACCUGGAGAUGUAAUGGAGGCAUGUAGACAAAUACAACUGGAGAGAGAUACAUUUGCUGAGAUUCUUAAAGGAGAGAGGGCCACACGGCAGCAGAGGAUGAAUCAGAUGUCGGAGCAGGGCCCUUUCCCCCCGUGCUUUGUGCGGAUGCACACACUGGGGGAGGAGAAGGAGUGUAUUAUGAAUCGGUUACAGGAGCUGGAGACAAGCUUGGUGGAAUUGAGAAAACAGAUGACUGAACUCCCAGCCCUGGCACCCCGAGCAAGGCCCUCCGAGGUGGAGCAGCAGCUACAAGAGGAGGCUGAGCACCUGAGGGAGGAGCUGGAGAGUCUGGCAGGACAGUUCCAAGCCCAGGAGCACCUGGAAGCUGCCAGCCAGAGAACCAGCAGCUACAGGCCCAGCUGAGCCUCAUGGCUCUCCCUGAGGAAGGUACGGGAGACCACUCAGAGGAAGAGGAGGGAGCCCAGGAGGAAGGGGGGACUGUUAGCAGCAUAGGAGUGAGGAGUUUAGAACAGCUGGUCACUAUGCCGACCGGGUUUCUGCGUUAAGUUCGGCAUCAAAACGGUGACCUGGGAGUAGAGGGGCCACCAGGUUGCCUAAGGAUGGGUGAACUGGCCCAAGUCAGAAAUGAAGCAGGUCAGAACUCCCCUGCCGGGCAGUAGUGGAACUGAGCUUAGGCAACAUAGUGCGACUUUGGUUCUCAAAAAAAAAAUAAAAAUAAAUUACAGCUGCUCAUUCCCCUCUGGGGAGGGACUGGCCCAGGGUUAUACAGUGACGGUUGAGGCAGAGGUAGGCCCACCCUACUUCCCUUGUUGGGUCGCGUGAGGACCCCUCUAGCUCUGCGCCCUAGGAGGUAGACUGGAUGGGGGGUGGGGGAGAA